CCACAGUAACAUGUAUUCUCAUGAAUGGUGAUGGCAGUGAUGGUGAUUCUAGAAUGGUAAAAUGAUGACGAUGAUUCUAAAAGUAAUAGCUCAUACUGCUAGGUUUUGUCAUUCAAGAGAAAAGUUAAAGAUUUUGUUUUAACUUUCUGUUACUAAACGGUCUAUAUUCAAUAUAGUAUAGCAUAGGCUUACUGCAAAAGUGAGUGGCAGCAAACAACAAGAUAAGAUUAAUAAGAAAUUGUUAAUAGAUGAGUUGGCGAAGGAUGUAAAUAAGCGUUAACCAGGUAAAGGAAUUUCAAGUUUAUUUCAGCAUUUAUGCAGGAUGUUAUUUUACUUUGGUUUUUCUGUCUGAAAGGAAAACACCUGAAACAAUUAGAUUAGUUAAAUAAUGCUUUAAAAAUACGAGUAGGGCCUAGUGGUAGUAGUAACUCUACUUACUUGUGUUUAACAUUUUUAAAAUUAACCAUAAAACUAAAUUAACUAAUUUUUAUAUUUAUAUUGGCCUGGACCUAAACAAUUUAUUUAAUUAUUGAAUAUGGACCAUGGAAAAGUUGAUAGGAAAUCAAUUUGUUCUUCUUCUUCAUUUUUGUAAGAAAAGGAAGAUAAAUUAAAUAAUAAAUAUGUCUGAGUUCUUUUCUUUUGGAUACAAAAAUAAAAUUAUAAUUACUCUAAAGCUUGUCCACAAAAUAACAUUGCUUAGAGAUAUAUUAUCCAUAUUUAAUAACAUUAAAAUCAAGGAAUAAUCAAUAAUCAAUCUGGAUUUUCAAGAAAUAGGAACUAACCUUCCUUAAAGUUACAAAAACCUUUUGAAAAGCACUCGAUUUCUUCUCAAAUUCCCGAUUUUUUAAAAAUUGUCCAUUGAGUUUCAAUUUUAUAGCUUUGCAAGCUGGCCAUCUAUGGGUGAAAAAAAAUUGGGAAUUCCCAUUUUAUACUUAAUAUUUUUGAAGACGUUCAAUUUCUAAAUGCAUCCAACCGUAUAAAUAUCGCCUCUGUGUACUCACAGCCACAAUGAGAGACCUUACUUUAAGUUUAACCAUAUCUCUUUCAAAAAGAUUUAUUUCCACCGGUACAGUAAAACCAUACGUUGAGUUGGUUUAAGUUUAAGUUGAGAGGAAGGAUUGCAAAGACAUUUUUACACAAUCACAAUGGCCCUACAAACAGAACUACACAUUUCCUCAAAAGAACUCUAACUCUAAGUAAGACUUAAGCUUAAUUUCUGUGUAUUUUAAGUAUCAUGGAACGUCGGCUAAGGAAAUUAAUCCGUUCCUCGAUUCCAUUCCUCAACGAAACAUUCGCUAACCCAAAUAACUUUUCCCUUUGAAUAGAAAAGUAAAUCUUAUUCGUCUGUUUCAAACUUACUAGGAAUAUUGUUUUUAAACACAGUUGAGCGACAUUAGCCGCCUUCAGUGCCCCUUUGUACGGCACACUCAUACAGUACCCAAAAGGGGCACCUCCAACAGAGGAGAUUUUGGGCCCGAGGGGAAAGAAUAGCACCAUUAGCGAUGCAGAAAUCGAAGCUAAUCUAAUGGCUCUGAAACAGUUAAACCAUAUUUCCAAACAUCGUAGUAUUUACUGGCUCAAAGCUUGCUCCUUGAGCUAUGUGAAUGGGCUCAUUAGAAGCAAAAAUGGUAAAUGCAGCACUAAACAUCAUGCAAGACAUACACUCCAAUGGAGGCAGUGUGGUCGUUCAGCAGUGUGGUCGUUCAGCAGUGUGGUCGUUCAGCAGUGUGGUCGUUUGGGACUACCCCCAAGCGAUAGAGAUAACAAUCUAGCGAAUCCGCCCAUCUCAAAAACAGAAUAAAUAAGGAUGCAAGAAUGGUCAGGGCUUCUUACACAUACCAACAGUGAAAUAAGUUAUUUUACUUCAGGGCAGCCCCAAGAUGUAUUGCUCUACCGGGAUAUUACCUUGUGGGUUUCUUGGCAUGGUGUCUCUCUUAUUUAUUGCACCGAUCUUCCCGGCUAUGACCAAAUGCAAAGCGAGAUAACAAGAGCCAUCCAAACAAGUUUGAUAACUCGACAGGAAAAGAUAUACUUUGCUUUGAUCUUAGCCAAAAUGCCAAGGAGCGUAUUAGAUUGCUGCUGUCAGCGCGAUUUAAAAAUGACCUGGUCACAUUGAUUCUCCCUUAUAAUAGGACCCGCGAGGACGUAUAGGAAGGCAACUACUUCAGGGUCAUCACAAAGAGGAUGCAGAGAAUCCCUUACAUCGGCUGGAGGCCCGAACAUGUAGGCAAAAAGUCAUAGUUCAAUCCAAAUGGGAGGUAGUGGGUGAGCCAGUCAGAAUCCUACUUGGACUGUAGCACCAUGGAUCCACCAGAAUGGAGGGAUGUAAUGAAACAAGCUAGUUCUCUACAUGGGCUGUAGCGCCAUGGAUUGACCAGAAUGGAGGGAUGUAAUGAAACAAGCUACUUCCCUACAUGGGCUGUAGCGCCAUGGAUCGACCAGAAUGGAGGGAUGUAAUGAAACAAGCUACUUCCCUACAUGAGCUGUAGUGCCAUGGAUCGAGCCGAAUGGACGGAUGUGAUGAAGCAAGACAGAUCCCUACAAAUGGGCUGUGGUGUUAUUGAUCUGCCCGAAUCGAAGGAUUUGUGGGGUCGGUCAGAGCCCUUCAUAGACUAUGGCGCCACUGAUGGUGAUGAUGAUAAGGGGCGGGUCGCACCUUUUCAUAAAGAAACCUUUCAAGUGGGCUGAAAAUACCGACCCUUAUUAUUGAGAAAUAAAUGCGCGCCAAGGCCGAACUACCCUUCACCACACUUCCAUGGCCUUCCAUGUAACCAAAAAAAAAAAUAUUUACAAAGAGUCAAUUAAAUAUUAAAUUCAAAGUAUUACUAUUUUUCAACGUGACUUACUGAGAGACAACGUCAUCAAUUAGUCCUGAUUAAUUAUUCUAAAUGAUUUUUAUUUUUAAUCAUGAUGAAGGUCCUAUUUUUAUUUUUAUCAUUGUAUGUGUUUUCCAUAGCGGGGUGGGCGUCAAGUGACAAACCUAAACCUAUACUACAGGCGCCCAUAGUUAUGUAUAUUUAAAAAAAAAUGAAAUAUCUAAGAUUAAAAAACACAUUAAUAUUAAUAACUAAUCUGACUAUCUCUAAGAUACUUUUUAUAAAUGGAAUUUUUUUUUUUUUAACUCGGGUGAGUUGACGACAUAAAUCAAAACUUGUUUUGUUGAAUUUAAUCGAAUGUAAAGUUAUCAUUGUUUUAAAAGAAUUUGAUUCCGGUAUUUUAAGUGAGUACUUAUUUAAUGAAAUAUUAUUCCACAGCGAAUACCGCAAACAUUGUCUGGUGCUAAAUGUGAUGAAGUCAGGACAUCUAAAAAUAAAUUGAAUCUAGAAGCAAUGGAAACAAGUUUAAUAGUUCUUGAUGUGAGUCAGUGCAACGUACAAAUUCAGUUGACUUCACUAAAACGGGGGGGGGGGGGGUUUCAUAUAUGUGAAUAAUGACAACGCACUAGUUUAGCGAAUUUUGACACCCCCUCCCUAUUGUUACACGUUUAUCAUAAAACUUAGACAACCUUUUUACCAAUCCUCACAAAUUAGUGACUGCCCCUCACCCCCCUUUUCCAGAUGUGUCCAAAUGCAUGACAAUGUUGCAAGAGUAUGUAGUAAAACAUGACAUUAAAACCGUAUUGAUAAAAAAUGUAAUAUGCCAUAUGCCUUUUAUUUUAUUGUCGUGAUAGUUAAAUGCUUUCAAAAAUAAGCCUGUAGAACAUUCCAAUAUUUCAACAAUUAAAUUUAAGUGUCCAAAAACUGAACUUUGCAAAAUUAUAAUGAAACAGAGAAACCAUAAUCUAUAAAAUGAAUAUAUAAUUUUUGUUUUUAAUCUUUCAGAAUAUACCUCCCUCGUACAGCGAAGAGCUGAUGACCGAACACAUAGAAGCUGUCUUAGAAGUUGACGUGAAGUGUGCAAGGAUGAUUGGAAGGUCGGCUCUCUUUUCACUGGAACAGAACAUUAACGGUACAGCUCAGCGAUUGGGCAACGUUGAGAAUCAUAGAACCAAACAAUGAUUGAAAAGACAGACUUUUAGGAAGAUACUUCAAUACUUCAGAUGGAAGAUCGCUAAACAAACUACUCUAAUACAUUUAACUUCUUUUUUUUUUUUGCCUCACAACAUGGGCGCCCGCAGGGGGGGGGGGCAAGGGGGGCACUUGCCCCCCUUGCUUGAUCGGAUACAAAGAUUUUAGGCAAAAAUGGACAAAACAUUUAUUAAAGUAAAGAGAAAAAAAAGAAAAAGUAAAUAAGCUGAUGUCCUGUCUUACAUUUAACUUCUUUUUUUUUUUUUGCCUCACAACAUGGGCGCCCGCAGGGGGGGGGGGCAGGGGGGGCACUUGCCCCCCUUGAUUGAUCGGAUACAAAGAUUUUAGGCAAAAAUGGACAAAACAUUUAUUAAAGUAAAGAGAAAAUAAAGAGAAAGUAACUAAGCUGAUGUCCUGUCCGUUCGUUCACCAUACAAAUACGCUACAGUAAAUUAAAACUAUAUUAAACAUUACUAAAUAUUUUUUGCCCCCCCCACCUGGAAGGUUAAUCGAUUUCCCCCCCCCCCUCCUAGAAAGGUUUCUGCGGGCGCCCAUGCCUCACAAUUAAAUAGUUUUAACACUAUAUAAAUUUUUAUGCUAGAUAAAUUGCUCGUGUAUAUUUUCAAAUCACAUUGUCAAAUUGUUAUCUAUUGGGUCAAUCGGAUAGUUCAUGCUUUAAAAAAAAAAAAUAAUAAUAAUAAUGGUGAACAGCGAGAAAGUGAUCAGACGUGACUACUGGUCCCGACCCUGCAUUUCAGAAUUUAAAAAUUAAUUUUAAUUUGCUGACUAACAAUAGCAUCAAAUGAUUGGCUGACUAACAAUAGCAUCAAAUAAUUGGCUGACUAACAAUAGAAUCAGAUAAUUGGCUGACAAACAAUAGAAUCAAAUGAUUGGCGGACGACGUCAUCAGCUAAUCUUUUUUUUCACCCCCUCAAUAUAUUUAUGUUAUGUUUUUUAUGCUUUUAUUUCCAACAAUAAACAUUAACAUAAAAAUAUAUAUAGAGAUAGGCUCUCAAUAAUUAAUAAUGUUGACUAACUGCUUGCGUCCGGAACAAACUCUUCCAUUGCACACACUCACUACAGUCUCUCUGCGUAUGCGUGCUCUUUGACUUAGUUGGCUAUCGGGACGGUCUAGUUCGCUAGUCCACUAUACCAAUUUCUGUGAACUAUGGACAUUUCCAGUAUCACGUGGUUUAUGCAAAUUCAUCUUUUUAAAGGAAUAACUUUGCAUCUGCUUUUAAAUAGACUGUUACGUUUACUUAAAGAAUGUCAUUUUAAAAAAAGUAUUUAGUAAUAAACGUAUUUCCUGGUGUUUAUUUAAUAGAGACUAAAAAUAAUUAAUUCGAAAUGUAUGGUGAAGCAUCGAUACGGUGGUUAAAAAGAUACUCAUAUUUUAUUCCGAAAAUAAUGAAUCCAUAAACAACGAGGAAAAAGUAAGACAAGGUAUGUGCUGGACGCUUUGUCCUGAACCGCCACAGGAAUACCUCUACUGUUGGCAGCAUGCUGGAAACUCUGGGCUUGUCACCAUUGGAGGAACAACGACGACAAUCCAGGCUCUCCAUGAUGUACAAAAAUGUGCUGAUCCACUGGUAAAGCAUUAAACAUAAACUCGCCCCCUCCCCCAUAAACAGCGACGAGGCCAUGACAAGCAGUUCUGGCUCAUUCCAGCGACAAGCCAGUAUAGGAACUGCUCAUUGCUUCCAUAGACAAUCAGGGACUGGAACAAGCUUCCAAAAGGAACAGUUGAGGCGACAACACUUGACACAUUUGCGUCUAUUGCCUCAAGCCAUCCAACCCCCAUUGCAUGACACCCUCACAAAGUAGUUCUUGCAACCAGCGAAAUAUCCUCAUCAAAACCAGGCACAGAAAGAUUGUAAGUACCCUCUACAUACAUAGGAGCCAGAAAGAUAAAAAAAUUGAUCGUGGACUCUUAAUAUAUAGAAGAAGAAAAGACAGGACAAUAAGAAAUGAACGUUUCGGCUCAGAGCCUUCCUCAAUCUUCCACAUACCUUGUAAUACUAUUUCCUUUACACGACUUCAGCGCAGUCAUUUAUUUAUUAUCGUAUUCAAACAAAACUUCAUUGAUGUACUUUUCAGAUUUCGAAGAAGCUGCAAAAAAGGUGAAAAAAGUAUCACUGGAAGGCCAGACCAUAAAAUUACUGCCCGUUGAUAAAAAGGAAGCAAGGGCUGCUGUUAUAUAUGAUGUCAAGCCUCACGCUCUCAAAGAAACAUCUCAGUAUAUUAAACAGCGAUUUUUACAUGGCAGAAGCUGCGUUUCAGCAUGCAAAUUCUGGUCAAAAUAUAAUUUGGGAAUAAUUCAUUUCAAGUCAGGAGCUGACAAAUGUAAGUAAUAGUAAGUUAAUUUAAAGACACUUUGUAAUCGAUCAUAUUCAAUUCAAAAUGCGAUGCACUUACACUAAUCUAAAUAUAUUCGAUUAUUUGCUUGUGUUAUUAUCGUCAUAUUUUCGAAAUGCCUGCUCUAAAAACUUAAGUAAAGAUUUAAAAUACUCAAAAUGAGUAUAUACAUCUUUUUUUUAGCUGUAGAUCUGGAAUUUUUAUAGUAAUGGUUAUACAAGAAAUUAUCUGGAGUCAUGGAUAGCGUAGAAUUUAGGUUAGCUGGGGACUCACCUUUUUUAUUUUGUUUUGAAACAAAAAUGUUUUAGUGGAAGACAACUUUUUUAAUUUAUUUUUAUUUUUUACUUGUUCUUUGUUAUAAAUAAGAGUUCUUUGAAUAAAUUUAUCGAUGCACCAUACCUCAAAGUUAUAAUAAUUUUGAUAAAUAUGGUUAUAAAUUAAAUAUUUUUAAUGAUCAUUUAUCAAUAUGUUCUACAAUUUUAUUUUUUUUUAAUUCUUUUUUUUUGCAGUAGUAAGCAAGUUAUUUGAAAAAGAAAAACACCAACCAGUAAGAGGUGUUACCGUCAUUAUCCAACCCUAUUACUACAACUUCCACGAUUUAGUGGAGAAGCGAUUUACGCCUGACUCAAGACUAAGCGUCAAAACACCAGUGCGUUCAGACGGAAAAAACAAAUCACAGUAUAAAGCAGAGGACUCCAGUGAAAGUGAAUCAGAAUCUGAUGAAAGUAGUGAUGACCAAUGUGAUCCAGAAAAUAUUGGUGAACAAGAAUCAGAUGACAGCUGUGUAGACCAAAAUGGUAGAGCAAGUUUUGGUAAACAAAAAUCGGAUGCCACUAGUGAAUACCAAAGGGGUAAGGAAAUUAUUGGUGAACAAGAAUCAGAUGACAGCAGCGAAUACCAAAGUGGUAGCGAACGUAUUGACGAACAAGAACCAAGUGACAGUGGAGAAGACCAAAGCGACAGAGAAGUACAUAGUGAAGAAGAAUCAGAUGUGAGUUACAGCAGUGAAGACCAGAUAAAGGAAAAUGGUGUCAGACAUAAGCGCAAUUAUUCUGAUGUAACAGGAAGCGAUGGAGAUAGCACAUACUCAGAGUCGGAAGAUGACUGCUUGGAAGAAAACACUGACAAGAAGGAUGAGAAAACCCGUGUUUGUCUUGAGAAAAUGCGUGCAGUUGACACUGAUUAUGAUGACAGCAAAGGAGAACAGAAUCUAUCAGAUACAGAACAAAAUGAAAAUGAUUUUCAACAGGCAAAAUCUAAAGAUGAAACACUUAAAAAAUUUGAAAAAACUGAAAAUGUUUCCUUAUCCUCCGAAACAAAAAGUCUCUCAAGGGAAAGAGAAGAGCAUGCGAUGACCAAAGCACAAUAUAUGCUACUGAAGGAGCACUUUGGUACGUUCGACAACUGUAGCGUCCAAUUCAUACAUGUUGAGAAAAUUGCAGUUUUUGAAGGUGGCGGAAGAGAAGUGUCUGAUCGCCAUUGGAAUAUGUUUUUGGACCUUAGAGAUAUCGUAAGCGAUAAUCUGAAGUUAGAGGGCUGCCUGCCUCAGUUACUCGCGGGAGGAAAGGGAACAACUUUUUUAGAAAGUCUUAGAGAAAUGGAAAGUGUAGCAUACUGUGUCGAUAAGGACGAGCUGCUACUCGCUUCAAAAAGCAUAAAUUCCUUGAGCAACGCCGCUAAAAAACUGAGAGAGGUUUUAAACUAUAAGGAUACAUUCAAAAUAAAAAAUGGCAAGAUACCACAGGAGGAACUGGAUAAUCUGAAGACAAAUUUAGAGGAAAAGCUAUUAGUUCAAGUGUCAUGGAAUGUAAACCAAGAGGAAAUAUUUGUUGAAGGGCUCAAAGGCGAUGUACUCCUAGCAACAAAGGACAUAAACCUAUUAAUUGAAAAGUUUAGUGCAGUUACUAAAACAUUUGUUAUUGAAGGUUAUGUGGCCAAUUACAUACGUAGGUAUCCGUCGUCUAAAAUUAAAUCAAUAUUCAAAAAUGUUAGAGACUGGACUUAUGAUGAGGGCGAUGACAAUGGUCCAAUGACUUACACUUUUACCGGUGAACAAAGCUCGGUCAAUGAAGCGGACAGUUCGCUACAGUCGUAUGUGAGUAACAUAGUGACUCGGAAGAUAGAUUUUGAAAAGGAGUCUUUCGAUAUAGAAGAUAUUAAGCUUAUAGCUUUAGGAUUAAAGACGGAGGAAAUGAAAAGUAAAAUUGAGAAGCUUGAAAUUCAGGAGAAAUGCAUUCUCAGAGUUCAACUGCCACGCGAUUCUAGCUUUAAAAAUAAGGAAAACAACUCUCAGACUAAUCCUGACAUUUUUAAUGCUGGUACACCGUGUAGAAUUCAACUGAAAACUGGAGAUAUCAUUACCGAGAAAGCCGACGUGCGUGUGUGUGUGUUGGAUGAAUCUGUCAGUUUAAGAAAAACACAGGUUGGAAAAGGCUUUAACAGAGCUUGUCCUCAGCUACAUGAGCAGCUCAAAACACUUCAGAAACAGAACCCGUCGUCUCUUGUCCAUAUAGUAAAAGGACCAUUCUCGCCCCCUUUAUCAUCCUGUGUUGCUGUAUGUGGCGUCAUACUUAGCGUUUGGGAUGAGGUUUCAUCACCAACUAUUUUAGCAAAGGUAAUUACUAAUGUUUUAGUGGAAGCCGUCAAAAUAGGAGCCAAGUCUGUCUCGCUUCCUACUUUGGGACACGGCAAGCUGUUCAAAUUUCCAUCGGAACGCAUAUCUGAGAUAUUGAUAGGUACACUGAAGUCAUAUCUACAAUCAAACAAGGAGCUCGACGACGUCAUCAUAAUGACUUUCGAUCGAGAAAUGUUUGACGCCCUUAAAUUGGUUGCACGGCAGGAGCUGAAACCUUACUUGCAAACAUCUCGCGGCGUCGAGUCUAGUGGAGGGAACAGAAGAGCCGACAGCGUCGAUGACCAGGCAUUAGAUCUGGGAGCACCUGGAAAUUUAGAAAUCUCUGUCACAAUGGCGAGGAUAGAUGAUCCGAAUAAAACACUUAGAAACGUAACCAAACUGAUCAAAAAGAGAUGUUUACAUAGUGUGAGUUUCGAACAUGCCAUGUUGUCAGUCUUAGACGAAAUGGUGAAAGAAAAGGCUGAAAAUAAAUUAAUACAUGUCAUGAGAUCGACAGAACGUUCUAUGACAAAACUGACGAUUAAAGGAUUUGACAAACAUGUCAAGGAGCUGGAAAGUGUCAUAAGAACUGAGUUGAAUAAAAUACAAACCGCUAUGCAAAAUAAAAAUUUUGCCUCCAGCGAUGCCCCACGGCGAGGUACUCUGGCUUUUUUAUCAUAUGCAGCAAAUAUUUCUGAAAUAUGCCCUUCGUAUUGGACAUUUUGUCAACAGCCAAAUUUUUGGAAGCGCAUUUUAGGUAGUUUAAAUUAUCCCGUUGCAGGCACAGACAAAAAACAUGAGCUCAUAGUACGAGUUGACAAAACAACAAAAAAGGCGAUUGUUGAACUAUUUAAAAAAACUUGGGAUUCCACAAAGUCAGGAAUGGGAAGUGAUGCCAAAGGUUUAGUAGCUAACAUGGGCUGCGAGGUGUUGCAUGUUGAGAGGAUUGAGAACCGUGCUCUUUUUGAGUCUUAUGCACAGACACGAAAAAAUUUAUUUGAAAAAUAUUGUAGGUUCGGCAAUCUGUGUGAAGAUUUCAGUCGAACUUUACCAAGGGGACAGAUCAAAACCACUGAGAUACUUCCAAGCUCUUUAAGAGAACAACUGUAUCAUGAAGUCAAUGAGCAUUAUCUUUUUCAUGGAACAAAAACGACCCUAGUUGAUGCUUUGAUUCAACAUGGCCCUGAUCCCAAACUCUGCACACACGCAAUGCUUGGUAGUGGCCUGUAUUUAGCGGAGGCAUCAAUCAAGUCGGAUCAGUACGCAGGUAACUUCUUUUUAAUAAAAUAG